AUGUCCUUUCGCGGAAAACCAUCUAAGGCUUGUGAAAGAUGUAGAGCUCGGAGACUUAAGUGUGACCUUACACCCGUGACGUGUGGCUCAUGUAUCAGGGCCAGGGUGAUUUGCACUGGAUAUCGGGAUAUAGAAAAGCUGCGCAUUAGAGAUGAAACCGGCAGCCUGUAUCGAAAGGCAACGACUCUGCGUCGACGUACCAAUGAAACCAGUGAUGGUCGAAAUUCGCUGCUGCUGAAAUUAGAAGCUGCCAAUACCGAACCACGUUAUCUACCGGUAGCACUUGAAGUCCAAGCGAAAGAUUUAUUUUUCGACCAUUACAUUCUUGCAGGUCAAACUAACGGAUCAAGGGCUUGGGACUUCCUGAAGCCAUAUUAUCAAUUGGAGAAAGCACCUGUAUGUUUGCAACUAACAAUAGAUGCUGCCAGUCUAGCAUACCUUUCACACCAGUUCGGCUCGCAAAAAGCGCGUGUAAUUGCAUUGGAAAGAUAUAUAGGUGCUCUUGGAGUCAUGAGUAAAGUGCUAGAAUCGCCUGAAACAUCAAAGAAAAUGACGACACUCUUCACAACUUUGCUUUUGGAUUUGUUCGAGAAGCUCUCAACUACUCAACCUUUCGGAAAUCGAGGGUGGAGCAGCCACUUACGAGGAGCUCUAGCUAUAUCCGAAAUAUGUGGAGACCAAUUUACUACUUCAAGCACUGCAAUGCGUGCUUUCACACGAUUGAGCACAAAUUUGCUCAUUACCUCUCACGCAGGGGGUACUACCCUUCCGAGUGGCUUCUUUCGUCUCCGAGAAUGUUUAGAAAACAGCCCGUCCAUCGAUGUUUCCAGAAAUCCCAAAUGGCAAUUGGUGAACAUAAUGGCACAAUAUGUCAAUUUGCAAAGCAAUAUUCAGAAUGGAAAACGCGCUAGGGAAAGCUCUCUUCGAGAAGCAAGGGAAUUGGAUUCCAUUCUCACGAAUUUCUCUGAACGUGAUGCAAAAAUCAAACAAAUAUUCAAAGCUGUACCCUCCAGGAUGGCCUAUGGAAACUUCUACUAUUCAUACCCCGAUAGACAUUCCACCCAAACGUGGAACGUUUAUCUUACCAAAGUAAAUGAGAUUUCGUCUAAGAUUUGUGCUUCUGUUCCACAAUAUCUCGACUGUAUGGGUGCUGUGAAGUCGCUAGGACAAAUAGAACUACUGCACCCAGUUGCUACAUCGCGUAAUUCUAGCACGUCGCAUACACCUUCGCACAAAUUGGCCUGCUAUACACUUAUAUUCCCACUUUACGUAGCUGGAUUUGUCAAUGACUCUGACUCCAAUAUAUGGAAAUGGGCUAUCGAAAAAUUGCAUUAUAUCGGCAGUCAUUUUGGUAUUCGAAAUGCCGAACUUGUUGCUCAAAUUCUCGAGAAAAGAAGCGAGAACGAUCCGUGGAAAGUGUAUACCAUGCCUGGCAGCUAUGCGUUCGGUGCUUGA